UAAAGCAUAAGGCAAAUGGAGAGUCAACCGCUAAUUGAGUCCAGCAAGGGAUCGACGAAACCAUCUUCACAACAAUCGAUUUCAUACAAGUCAAUACUUAUCUGGUUCUUUCGUAAGACAUUGUGGCAACGCAAAAACGUUUACAUUUUAGUCACUUUAUUGAUUCCGAUAUUAUAUCUCGUAUGCUAUUACCUAGUUGGACUUGAUGAGCCAAACUAUAAAUAUGCAAAAGAAGUAAUUGAAUCGAGAGUUAAAGAGGAACCGCAAGGUUACCUCGUAUACUCCGAUUACUGCAAGAUUAUAGAUCGCGAUCCAUACAAAUACGAGAUAAUGAUGCUUUUCAACGAUACAGAGCUCCAGCCCUGUAAGCCAUAUCCCCCACUCACCCAAGUGCAUUACGAGAGCAGCAUUCAACGCUACCUUCUGAGCGUCGAUCCUAUUGCCUUUCCCAAAUACAACGUGCAGCACUCAUUCGGCUGCUGCUACAAGGGCGUGGAGCGAAUCAGUGACGAUUACAUCGAGUUAACGGAAUGCCAGCCAUUCACUAGCAGAACUGAACUAUCUAAUACUACGGAUAGCGUCAUUGUCAGCUGUCAGACUGACUAUGAGCGAAUCUAUAUCAACGGGCAUCCCACCAUACCUGAGCGAUACGACGUGCGGCAGCGACUCGAGCAUUGGGCGCAGAAGGAUCGAGGCAAGCGUGUGCCCAGCGUCCUAAUGAUAGGCAUCGAUAGCACCUCGAGACUAAAUCUCAUUCGCGCCAUGCCCGAGACAACCCAGUAUCUGUACGACAACGACUGGUUCGAGCUGGCGGGCUACAAUAAGAUCGAAGACAAUACUUUUCCCAACCUUAUGGCACUCUUGGUGGGUUACAAUCUAUCGACUGUCAUGAAGCACUGUAAUCCCUAUGAGAUAAACGGCCUGGACCAAUGUGACUUCAUCUGGAAGCUGUUCCAGAAACAUGGCUAUGUGACGGCCUACGGCGAAGAUGCGGUUCAGAUCAAUACUUUCAACUACAUGAAGAGGGGCUUCCAGCAGCCACCCGUCGACCAUUACUUGCGUCCGUAUUUGUUUGUGGCAGAGAAGCAGCUUGGUGGAUUUAUACAUGAUUUUCUGCCUGAGUGCGUGGGCUUUGAGUUGGAGGCAAUAACUGUUUAUAAGUAUGCCCAGGAGUUUGCAAAUCGUUAUCUUAACAACAGCUUCUUCGGCUUCUUCUGGACGAGCACGCACAGCCAUGACACCAUUUCACAGACCAGGUCCAUGGAUGAGUAUCUGAAAGAAUAUAUGCAGGGUCUAGUGGCACAGGGCAUCCUGGAGAAUAGUAUUGUUAUCUUCUUCAGUGAUCAUGGCUUACGUUUUGGACCGACCCGAGAUAGCUGGUCCGGGUAUUUCGAGGAGCGAUUGCCGUUCCUGUUCAUCUGGCUGCCGGAAUUUAUGAGACAGGCGUAUCCAGAAUUUGUGGACGCGCUGCGUGUGAAUCGCAAACGCCUGACCACGCCCUAUGAUCUGCACUUGACACUGAAGCACAUUCUUUCGCUGACGGGUCGAGUUGGCAGCCAGGAGGAUCUGGGUGGAGCCAAGGACUGCCCGCAGUGCCAGAGCCUAUUUAAGCCUAUUCCGCUGAAUCGCAGCUGCGCGGAUGUUUCCAUUGAGGAUCACUGGUGCACGUGCAGAACGUUCAAGCGAACGACGGACAAAAUUCUGACCAGACUAGCCCAGCACACAGUCGAACACAUUAAUAGCCUCUUGGCCAACGGCAGCUAUUUAAAUCGAUGUGAGCCUCUCCAGCUGAAUCAGAUUGAACAUGCCUACAGGGCAGACGCCAAUGCAUUCGAUCCUAGACACGUGCGAAUCUAUAUGCUCACCCUAACAACAUUACCGAACUAUGCCAAGUACGAGGCAACAUUGCGUUAUGACAAGCUUCAGCCGAAGCACAACAAAAUACGUUUGACUGGCUCUGUGAGUCGACUCAAUUCCUAUAGGGGCUACAUAGGUUGCCUGGGCAGAGAUCCAAUGAUCAGAUAUUGUUAUUGUCGCAAUCAGCCCAGAAAAAGCUAUAGUGAAACGAACUAUUUAUAGUAAAAU